AUGAUCGAAGACAAAAUCAAUGCCGAGAUUGACGGCCCGGAGUUGGAGGAAGACCGGAGUCAGGAACCGCCCCCCAAAAAGCCCAAAAGAUUCCAGUGCAGACAUUGCCAGCGGCUGUUUGCGCGACUAGAGCAUCUGCAACGGCAUGAGCGAACGCAUACUCGAGAGAAGCCUUUCGCCUGUAAUCAAUGCGACAGCAAGUUCACAAGAAGUGACCUUCUGGUUCGACAUGAGAGACUCAGUCACGAUACUGAGCGAUGGGGAAGGAAUGGCCGAAGCGGCCAGGGCGCUGGUGCCGUCAGUUCAACAUCAUCAUCUACAGGUCGAAAACGACGGAACACCGACGACCACGACCACCACGCCUUAGAUCUCCCCGACGCUCCCGGCACGAGCACGACCGACUUCAAUCCCUCUCAAAAUCUUGUCCCCAACUACUUGCCUACGAACUCGAAUCAGACUACGAGCGGUACACCGAAUGGCCAUGACCUUUCCUUUGCGACAUUGCUCAUGGCUGCGGAACAUGCUCGACCUCAGGAUGCCCAAACCCACGCUCCCCUGCGACAGCCAAACCCCCUCGCAACGCCAAUAUUCCCUGUUCAAGACCAGUUCCUGCCCGACCCGACACCUCAAGCUUCCAUGUCAGCUCCGGCCGACCAGGUCAAUGGCAUUGUGGGAUUUGACUUCGAGGAUUCACUUCAAGAUCUUGCAAACUUCAUGGACAACGGCGCUCUAUCCUCCUACCAUUUUUCGUCGAUGAUCAGCGCUGAACAGCCCAUACCGUUCUUCUCUCCUGAGUCCUUCACCCACACGACCGACGUGCUUCCAACCACCGAGCCUCGUCCGGUCUCGCGCCCUGUGUCUCGUGCGCUUCCUAAUCCUGAUCACCCCGAAGAUUCAGGCUCAUUCUCACGGUUUGGGUCCCGUCUACCAUCACUGCAACCAGAAGAGAGCCCCUCGGCGCCGCAAAGCGAGCAAAACAGCGUCCAUCGUCCGCUAGCCGACAUCAACAUCGAAGACCGGCAAAACGUCGCUCUAAAACUCGCAGAGUUCGCCCAUGUGGUGCCUAACACCUUUCAGCUCCCGUCUCGGCUAGCAUUAUCAAGAUAUCUGGCCGGCUACGUCAAUGGUUUCCAUGAACAUCUGCCUUUCCUUCACAUCCCUACCUUAUCUGUAAAUAAUAGCUGCAUCGAGCUCCUCUUAGCUAUGGCAGCGGUCGGUGCACAGUACUGCUUUGAGGGACAAAAGGGAGUUGAGCUCUUUUCCGUCAGUCAAUCAAUAGCCAUGCAACGAAUUCGCCAGAGAGAUGCCAGACUAGCCGCCUCCAACCGUUCGGCAGAGGUAUCACCGCAAUAUUCCGGACAUGGGAAAUCUAGCGACUUGGCGACGGGAGAAACACCGCGUAGUGGCUCCUUGUCAGGAUGCUUGGGUUUACCAUCUCAGCCAGAUUCCGAAUCUGGCUUGCAGAGAGAAGACUUGAUGCAAACCGCACAGGCGUUACUGUUGCUCAUGGCGAUGGCAACUUGGGCUAAACACCGAGAAAUCCUUCGCGAGGCGCUCGCAAUACAGAGUGUCCUGGCGACAUUGGUGAGGGACGACGGGUUCAGGAGUCAGCCAAUGCCCGAAGAUAUUAGCUGGACUGAUUGGAUCCGACGUGAGACAACCAAACGCACCAAGUUCAUCGUCUUUUGCUUCUUCAACCUGCACACCAUCGUUUACAAUGUUCCUUCGCUUAUCCUUGCUUCCGAAGUCGACCUCACCCUACCGUGCAACGCUGCCGAGUUUAAAGCGCCAACAGCAGCAAAAUGGAAAGAGUUGCGAGCCCGAUCGACCUCUGAAACCAGCUUUCAAACAGUCUUGCAUCGCUUGUUCUCUCGCAACGGCAACGACGUGAGCACCUACAACUCUUCACUGGGAAAUUAUGUGCUCGUUCAUGCACUGUUGCAACAUAUUUUCUUCGUCCGCCAGAUCUCGAGAUAUCGCCUUGACCACGAUGGCGAUUUACGAUCCGAUGACGUCGCUGCCAUAGAGCAGGCCUUGAGGAAUUGGCAGUUGGCAUGGAAACGGAAUCCUGAAUCAUCGCUGGACCCCAUGAAUCCAAAUGGGCCAGUGACAUUCAAUUCUACUGCGCUCCUGCGCCUCGCAUAUAUCCGCCUCAACGUUGACUUAGGACCCGGACGGGCAUUGGAUACUCGCGACCCUGUUCAGAUUGCCAAUGCCUUUCGAGACAGCCCUUCUGUCAAGCGGACUCCGAAGCUCGUCCGAGCUGUCCUGCACUCUGCUCAUGCUCUAAGCAUUCCAGUCAAGAUCGGUAUCCAUCUCGUUGCACAGACGCAAACCUUCAUGUGGUCAAUUCAACAUUCUUUGUGCACUUUGGAGUGCGCUUUCUUGCUAAGUAAAUGGCUAGAAGCAUUGAGCCUGCCAGACUCGGGCCCUGCGAUAACGAAUGACGAGCGAAAAAUAGCUACCUUGGUCAAGACGAUGCUGGACGAGACAGAGUUUGCGAUGCCUGUGGAUGUGGCUAUCGACUCACCUGCUGCAAUGAAAUAUCUCAGCGCGGGUGUACUGAGGGUGUGGGCCCAGGUAUUCCGCGGUGCUCAGACGUGGGCAAUUGUCGAUGUCAUUGGGACGAGCCUCAACAUCUACGCUGAUAUGUUAGAAGCAGGGUGA